AUUAUUACGUUUAUGUAUAUUUACAUUUCUAAUGAUUGUGUGUUUUGUAAAUUUUUAUCAAAGGAAGAAUUUUAAUUAUCAAAAUAUGUAUGAAAUAACAGAGACAUGGCUUGUCGGCGUUUUUUAACUUUCCAGCCUAUUGAUGAACCAUCAUGGCGAAAACGUGACACAAAAUAUGAUUGUGUACCUACGGUCAAAGAAAUGAUAAAAGAUAUUGUCAAUUAUCAUACUAUAUGGUUGAGGAAACAAAGAAAUUCAGGGAAGAACAGCUUUGUAGAAGCAAAACGUGAAAUAGUAAUGGAAUUCCUUUUUCAAGUUCAACAAGGUGAAGAUAUAGGACUGAAUGACCAAGGUACAUUUGAACAGGUUUUUAAUGCCGAAAUGAAAUACUUUGAAAAAACUGGACAAAAACGGGAAUGCUCGGCGUCUGAAAAGGAUUCAUUACGAAAGAAAAUCCGUCAUGAGUCACCAAGUAAUGAACAAAGGUGCGAUCAAGACAGCUUACCAAACUCUAUGGAUGUUGAAGAUUAUAUUUUUGAAAAUUCGAUAGAUAAUGGCAACGACGAAGAAAAUAAAAUAACCGAAACCAAAAAUUUACUGCGGGGCUACUGGCAUUUAAAACAUGAAUUGAAAAAGUUAUCAGAUGAAGAACAAACAAAUUAUGUUGGUGAAAUAGAUGUCGAGACGUGCAUACAGGAUUGUCAUGAAGUUCUGAUGCAUAAUUUGCUCGAUAAAGCCAAAACUCAGCCUGGAAAAUUCAGUGUUCUACCGAGAUCAGCAUUUUUUGAUGGAGAAGAUUUCUUUUAUCCGUCGUUUGCAACUGACGAAAUUGCGUUUCAAGCAGUUGAUACAAUUGUUUUGGAGUACAACAAGAUGGUGAGGGAAAUAUCAAAAAUAAAAAAUGAACAUGAGAAAUUGGAACUUUCACUUAAGUGUGCUUCUGUUUUGCUUUUUGGGUUUUUAACACUUCAUCCAUUCUCAGACGGUAAUGGUCGACUUGCUCGAUUAUUAUGCAGUCAUUGCUUAAAAGUAUUUUGUCCUUUCCCAACUUCGAUUUAUAACGUGUUUUCUUAUUCCAAUAGAGACGAUUAUUUGAGGGCACUUGUUAACGCUAGAAAGCAUUUAAAAAUUGACUCUGAUCAAAUACAACAUGCUGAAGAUGCUAUCAACGAAGCUGAGUUAAUUUUAGAACAGAAACCAAAUGAACUUUGUUCUCUGGUAAUAGAAAGUAACUGGUUUACAUGGCGACAGUUUCUGCAUAGAAUAGGAGAGGAUAUUCAACUUUUCGAUUUUGAAAAGAAGACUCAUGAAAUUAGUGAAACAUAAUAUUUUUUUGACUUAAGGUGUAUCAAUUAAUCGCAUCAAUGGCGAUGUUCCUUAUUGAAAAUAUCCAAAAGACUCGUGGUUAUGUGCAUUAAUAUUCCAAAAUCAUACUAUUGAAUAAUAUCAUAAGAAAAAGUUUCAUAACGUUUCUAUUUUCAAUAUAUUUAAAGAUUUUA